AUGAAUAAGAAAUACAUAGAUAGGAUGAUUGAUCUUUAGGAAGACUUUGAUAAAUAGAUAACUGAAUAGAAACCUCUGAAUCUGGGCAAGUAAUCUUAUUAACAUUUAGACAUAGACCAUGCAGGAUCCCCAGGUUUCUCAGGUAAAAAUAAUAUCACCUUGCCAAUUAUGCAAGAAGGUGAUAAAAACUAACGAGGACCUAUCUGGAAGCAAUCUUCGAGUUUUGGUCUACUUUUUUAAAUACCUAAUGUCUCAUAUCAAAAUCUGUUAUUGUAUUAGUAGCAGGCAGCCUUAGUAAGAGUCAAUCAUACAGACUCAUAAGUUAUUGAUGCAUUUAACAAUUAGUUUUACUUACUGUAAAUGAGUAUUGAGUCCAAAAACUAUGAAAUGAAUUAAAAGAUCUUCUAUUUUGCCACUUAAGUUCCUCUCUAUUUCCUGUAUUUUAUUGAAUUAGAUAAGCCAGGUUUGAUUGAAUAAAUCAAAUAGGAUUAACUUAGCAUAGUAACCCAAGUAUUGCAAAUACAUAUAAUAUUCAACAAGGGAUUCGUAACCAAAUAUUAAGUAGCCUGUGAAUGGUUCGGAUUGAAUAAUUUCAGAAAAUCGCAGAUCAAAAAUUUCUUGUACAUUGAGUUAGCAAUUCUCAAUAGAGUAAUCUUUAAUAAUGGAGGAAGAUCCAAAUAAAAAUUAAUAAAUCUACAAGAUGAAUUUGCCUAUGUAUUGAGGACUAUUGAAUUCGAAUGUGGGAAUACAAUUUGA